AUGACCAUCAAGCUCUAUUCUUACUGGCGCAGUAGUGCUAGUUGGCGCAUCCGCAUUGUCUUGAACGUCAAGGGAAUCUCCUUUGAAACAGUGGCCGUCAAUCUGCUCAAGGGUGAACAGAAAGAAGAGAAAUAUCUAGCCAUCAAUCCAACUGCUCUGGUUCCCACCUUGGAUAUUGAUGGUGAGCUCUUUAUGAAUUCUCCUGCCAUUAUGGAGCUGCUUGAAGAUCUUCAUCCAGAUCAUCCACUACUACCCAAAGACCCCCUUGCUCGUGCAAAGGUUCGUGGAGUCAUGAGCAUCAUCUGCUGUGACAUUCAUCCAGUUCAAAACCUGCGUGUGAUUCGAUAUGCUGGUGAUGCUCACAAGGAUACCUGGGCCAAGCAUUUUAUUACUACUGGUUUCCAAGGUCUUGAGUCAGUUCUUAAAAAGACGGCUGGAAAGUACUGCUUUGGUGAUGAGAUCACUCUUGCUGAUGCAUGUCUAGUGCCUCAAGUGUUCAAUGCCAAAAGAUGGGGAGUCGAUAUGACCCAAUUCCCAACCAUUGCUGGGAUUGACGAGCGUCUUGCUGAACUGGAAGCCUUUAAAAAGGCUGCACCCAAUGCCCAGCCCGAUGCAGUUAUUGAAUAA